AGGAAGAAAGGUUCGUCGAUGGUGCGGUUGGAAGACAUGGUAUUUCAUAAUAUUGAGCGAUUGCCGAUAGUAGCAGUAAGCGGGACGAUCUUAUCGAAUGGGGAUCUGUCGAUUUUUAGGUUAUAUUAGCGAUACGACACAGGAACCGUUAAGAGGUUAGUUUCGUUCGUCGGCGAGCGAGGCGAGAGAAGACAACUAUUUAGUGCAAGAAUUAAAUUAAUUUUAUCAUUGGAUAUUGGAGAACAUGAUUGCAUUGCGAAUAGUCGAUCAUUUGUUAAACAGUGGAAUUAUCAGUCUAAGUAAUCGAAAGAACUGGAAAAUAGAAAAUUGCUUGAUUAUACGAUAAAAUAGAUCAUGUCAGAGAAAGAAUCCGAUAUACUAAAUAUUAUCAAAAGAAUAUUUAGUAAUUGGACUGCUUUAAAAAUGGCAGUCGAACAUGGCAUGGGAACAAAAGAACAGGCUUAUGAUUUUUGUAUAUAUGUCGAUAAGCUAUUAUCAAUGAACGAACAGUUACAUACUACUGACAUAGCAGCAGAAUUAGAAGACUACAUGGACUUAGAGUUUAAUACAAAAUUAGAAGAUAAUAGUGAAACUCAAGUUGCUGAAGAAAUUCAACGUUUCAAUAAUUAUUUAAAGUUAAAUGACCAGCAGACAUGGGAAGAAGAAACCGCUAAACUAUCGCCAAUACAAUCAUGGAUAUUACCACACAGUAAUGUUGUAGCGCAUAGUACUUUAAAGACGGAGAACAAUGAAAUGGAAGUGGAUGCCGAUGGAUGGUCAGUUAUAAGAAGAAAGAAAAAUAAAUGAAAAAUUACUAAUGUUUUUUUUUAUUUAUUGUAAAGCUUUUAGGGUAAAGCAUUUUACCCAUCGUUCAUUCAUUUUUUUAACCUUUUAAUUCACAGCUUAAAGUAUUGCUGCAAAUGAUGUGGAAACAUUAUUUACAGUAGUAUCCUAUGAAUAAAUAAAUAAAAUAAUAAAAAGAGAUAAUAAAAACAGAGGAUUAAUUAAAUU